AUGAAGCUCUCAUCUGUCCUUGCAGCAGUUUCCGUGGCUAGCGUCAGCUCAGCUCUACCUUUGGAGGCCGUUGCGGAUUCCGCAGAUGCCAGAGAUGUGAAUCCCUUCCGUGGGAAGAACUAUUUCGCAAACGCGUUCUACGCCAGCGAGCUCGACCAGACUGUCGCAGCAUUCUUGGCCCGAAACGAUACUUUGAAUGCAGCACGAACACGCACAGUCCAAAAGACCGGCACCUUCGUCUGGGUUUCUAAUGUGGCGGGCCUGAAAAACAUCGGCGAGACCAUCGCCGACGCUCGAGCAGAGCAGCGAAGGACCCGGCGGCCGCAAAUUGUCGAGUUGGUUCUGUACAAUCUGCCUGACAGAGAUUGCUCCGGUGGUGCAUCGGGAGGAGAGUUCACAUCUAUCAACAAUGGCCUCGAGCUUUACAAGACCAAAUUUGUGGAUCCUUACGCUGCCGAGUUGAAAGCUGCGAAGGACUUGACAUUCGCCGUUAUUUUGGAGCCAGAUAGUUUGGGCAAUGUGAUCACAAAUCAGAAUCUCCCAUUCUGUGCAAACGCUAGCACCAUCUAUGAGCAAGGAAUUGCGUAUGCGAUUGCGAAUCUCCAAGCCCCAAAUAUCGCGCUCUACAUUGAUGCUGCUCAUGGCGGAUGGCUGGGAUGGGAUGACAACUUGCCUCUUGCCGCCGCUGAAUUCGGCAAGGUAGUUAAGAUGGCGCAGAAUAUCACCAAGCGCGCCAAAAUCCGGGGCUUCGCCACCAACGUGUCAAACUUCAACCCAUAUGUUGCCAACCCGCGUGCCAACUAUACCGAAUACAGCAAUGCCUUUGAUGAGCUGCACUACGCUGAGGCACUUGCCCCCCACUUGACCAACAACUCCCUCCCAGCACACUUCAUCAUUGACCAAGGACGCGCCGGGAAGCAAAACACUCGCACCGAGUGGGGCGAUUGGUGCAAUGCCGAAGCUGGGUACGGGAUAAUUCCUACCACCGAAACGAACAGUACUGUGGUUGACAGCAUUGUCUGGGCUAAACCAGGUGGAGAGAGUGACGGCCCUUGUGGCGCAGAUGUUGCUGGAACCCCCGCACCGAAUGCAGGGAAAUGGUGGGAUGAGUAUACGCAGAUGUUGGUGGUAAAUGCAAACCCUCCUUUGAAGCCAACAUACAAGAAUCAACUGCAGUGA